AUGUCAUUUAUUCCAAGGGUGCCUAACUCCUUGUUACCAGGGAUACGAAGCUCUCGUUUAAAAGAUCGUCAGAAAGAAGAACAUAUUUUACAAUCUUGUGAUGAAUUCAAGAAUGAUGUUGCAUUGCCAAAUUCAGAAUUUAAUUCUCCACUUCAAGUAACUCCAUUGUUUAGAUCAAUGGUUGCAGGGAUUCCAAGCCCACAAUUUUCAGAAAGUAUGAAACCAUUAUCUAACAUAUCAUUGAGCAAUAUUGGAUUUAGUCUCCAUAGCAGGCCUGAUUACCUCAAUGCCACUGUUUGCUUCUCAUUGGCCGCCAUAUCAUAUAAUGAUAAACUUGAAGCAUUGGAGCCUCUUGUUGAACCUGUUGAUGGUGUCUUAAGAAUUGUUGAAGCUUUAUUGGAUGGAGCUGCUGCUACUAAACGUGAGGUUGCUGUUGCAACUCUUGGUCAGGUUGUACAGAGCACAUGUUAUGUGAUAGCUCCAUAUAAUGAGUACCCACAGUUGGGCUUACUUUUAAAAUUGUUGAAUAGUGAGCUGGCAUGGUCUACAAGGAGUGAAGUUCUUAUGGUUCUUGGAAUGAUGGGUGCUUUCGAUCCUCAUGUUCAUAAGCGUAAUCAACAAAGCUUGCAAGGGCCUCUGGGUGAUGGGACCUGUGCAACCAAUGAUACGGGCCCACAUAUCCAGUCUAGUGAUGAGUUGCCAAUGGAUUUUUGGCCAUCAUUUGCAGCAUUAGAAGAUUAUUUCUCCACUGUUGUUAUCAGUUCUUUAAUUCGGAUACUUAGAGACCCUUAUCUUUCUAGUUAUCAUCAAAAAGUCGUUGGCUCUCUCAUGUUUAUUUUCAAGUCAAUGGGUCUUGGCUGUGUGCCUUACUUGCCAAAGGUUUUACCAGACUUCUUUCACACUAUCUGUACGUGUGAAGAUACUCUCAAGGAGUUCAUAACUUGGAAGCUUGGAACUCUUGUUUCAAUUGUGCGCCAGUUCCUGCACCUAGUUGAACAAAUUUGUAUGGCCCUGAAAGAUGAAUUCAGGAGAUAUGUUCCUAUAAUUCUUCCAUGUUGUAUUCAAGUUCUGAGUGAUGCUGAAAGGUGUAAUGAUUACACUUAUGUCGGUGAUAUUCUUUGCACUUUGGAAGUUUUUGGUGGAACAUUGGAUGAACAUAUGCAUCUACUUCUUCCUGCCCUCAUACGUUUAUUUAAAGUGGAUGCUUCUGUUGACAUAAGGCGAGCUGCUAUAAAAACCUUGAUACGAUUAAUCCCUCGUGUUCAGGUUACAGGACACAUUUCAACACUCGUGCAUCACCUGAAGCUUGUAUUGGAUGGAAAAAACAAUGAGCUAAGAAAGGAUGUUGUUGAUGCACUCUGUUGUUUGGCACAUGCACUUGGGGAGGACUUUUCCAUUUUCAUCCCAUCAAUUCACAAACUUCUUAUAAAGCAUCGCUUGCGGCACAAGGAAUUUGAUCAUGAGAUUGAGGGGCGAUUACAAAGGCGUAGACCUUUAAUUGUUGCAAGUGUAGAAGCACCAAAGUCAAUCUGACAGCCUCCUGUGGAGGUUAUUAGUGAUCCUUUAAGUGAUAUGGAGAAUGAUCCUUAUGAAGAUGUUCACAAACAAC